UGCAUGUAUUAAAUGUUUCUGCUUGAAUGAUCAUAUCUACGAACUUGUCAUGAUACAAGAUAUCGCAGGUAUCAAUAAAUAACUCGAAUGGUGGACGAAAUGGAGUCUUUUAUCGUCAGCGACAUGACCUAAGUUAUGGCAUAAAUACAGAAUUCUGUAUUUAUAGGAUUUUAUAAGAUACGGGUGUACACUUCUUUAAUCGUAUUACUUAUAUCAUAUUGCCAUCCUUAUGUAUUAUACAAUGAGCAGCUGGACAGAAAGAAUGCAUCGUCGAGCAGCUACACUCGGUAAUGUGGUAACAAGUUGUGGACAUACAUCUUCUGUACCACCGUAUCCAAGACGUUUAGAAAAAGUUAAGUUUGGAGUACCCUUAGAUGAAGUAUGUAAAAAUGAUAUACCUGGUCCAUUAUUGGUACUGAUAUUGAAAUUAAAUAAAGAAGCUCCAUUAAGGAAAGAUGUUUUUAGAGCACCAGGCCAUCAGGGUAAUAUGAAAAAGCUUAUUCAUUUUCUACAGACUGGACGUUUAGUCAAUAUGGACAACUUCAGUGUUUAUACAAUAGCGAGUGUUCUAAAAAAAUUUCUACGUAAAAUACCUGGUGGUGUUUUUGGAAAGGAAGGAGAACAACAAUUAUUUACUGUUAUUCAAUUGGAUAGCAUGGAACAGCAAAGAGAUCAAAUUCAUAGAUUAAUUACUUCUUUACCAGUGUAUACACAACGUUUGUUAGUAUUAUUAUUUGGAACAUUCAGGGUUGUAGCAGUAAAUAGUGAAAGAGCUUGCACAGGAAUGUCUAGUGAAGCAUUAGGUGUAUCUGUAGCACCUUCAUUUUUUCAAAGUUGUGUGAGUGAUGGAAAAACUGCUAAAAUGGAGGAUGUUCUCAGAUUUAAGGUUGCCACCUGUGUAAUGAAAUUUAUGAUAGAUAAUUUUGGAGUUUCUAAUUUAUUUGGAAGAGAGAAUUACGAAUUUUAUGCGCGUAUUACUGGAAGAAUAUUGAAAGUAGAAGAGGAUUGGAUUUUCAGUUUUCGAUAUCCUCCGGAUACUUUAGUAUCUAUGCACACUGGACUCUUACAGUUGGAUAUAUUUCAGGACAACUCUCUCUUGAAGCUGAAAAGACUUGGCUGCAAUAUGAAUGUGAAAGCUAUGUCACAUCAGGAAGAAUCGCAGUCGACACCAGCCUUAAUUCAUGUACCACAAACUCUUGAUCUUACAUCUUCAUUAGGAAUAAUUCCUGAAAAUACAUUGUUAGAAAGCUAUACACGUUUAUCAGUAAGCUUGGAAGAAAAUGGUCUGUUUCAGGCAUCCAGUCGAUCAUCAAGUAAUGGUAGUCAUCAUUCUCGACAUGCAGGAAUAACACUAGACGAACUUCGAGCAAUCAAUCGUUAUGCAGAAAGUACUAAAAGUCUUAGUUAUCUACCACAGGUACAUGAAAGACAAACAGCACGUAUGCGUACGAGAUCAGAAUGGUUUUUGACACCUGUGGGAGAAAUAUUAGCUGCUACUGAUAGUGAUCCUACAGCAAUGCAUGUGCUUCGUGGUUCAAAUAGGUCAUCAUCUGGGAAUAUUGCAGGAGGUUUAAGUGCUAGUGCUGAAUCAGUCAAACGUCCAAGUUUACGAAGAACAUCUUCAAGAGAUAAAACACGUAUUCAUCGUAGUUCAACUCGUAGAAAUAAAGAAAACGGGGCUAAAGGACGUUCUAUUGAUGCAUGUAAGUCACGAUCAAUGGAAACUAUUAAAACUAAAACUGUCAGAGUUGCAAUAGAUCAACCAGUGGAAAAAAUGUUGAAAAGUAGUCGAGAUGUAAUCAAAGAACUCGGAAAUGAGGAACGUAUAGAGGUACAUACUAGCGAUGUUCCCAUUGGACCACAAGAUUGCACUGAAAUGGAUGUACAAAGUUUCCACGUUACAUUAACGUACAAGCCAAGAAUAUAAAUAUUUGCGAAACUUAUAAAGCACUGAAAAUUAUACUAAUAUUUCGGAAAUUAUUUUUAGUGCAUAUUAGAUCUAAGUACAAAUUUAGUUAUAUAAUUAUCUAAGAAUGGAAUUUUCGACAUGACAGCGAAUUAAUUACAAAUUUUAAAACUAUAUUCCCUCCAAAAAUGAAGAUAGUGUUUCAUUUAAUUUUUCUUUUUCUUUUUCUUUUUUUUUUUUUUUUUUAAUGGAUUUAUAUAAAUCAAAGAUCCAUGUGUAUUAUAUAUUUUCAGAAUUCGCACGUAUUUUAAAACUAUGAAUAUGAUAAAUUAUGUUAUGUGACCAAUGAUGUUCUAAAAUCGUAAGACUGCUUCUAUGUAUAGGACUAUCCAUAUCAUAUCAUUAUCUGCAAAUAGUGCUUCUAACUAUUUACAUACAUUCUCAGAGUGUCUAUUAAUCUUUAACUGUAUUCUCGUUUUCAUGUAUGUUAUGUUUUAUAAUAUUGCUUUCUGUUACAGAUAACUUAGAGAAAUUUUUAUAUAUUAUGUGUAGUGUACAAAUGAUCGUAACACAACGUUAAAAGCGAAGAGAUAUGAUCAGAAAUUUUAUUCAUUAAACUAUAUCAAAUAAAUAAUAUAUUUUCUCAUUAACUAGGUUUUAUCUUUAUAUAUUAAUAACAGAUUUG